AAAACUGUAUGCGUGAUGAGUGGUGCGUAGCUUUAGGACCCCCUACCAUACAUGUAAAUGGCAGGAGGGGGGGUCAAUGUAAUUUCUUUAUUUCAUAUACAAUGAUGUACAUGUACAUGUACUUUACUUUUAUUCACAAUCGCUUGAAUGAAGUUACUUAACAGAUCUAUAUUUAAAUGGAAUGAUGGAUAAAUGGAUAAUGAAAUGAAAGCAUUGAGUGAAUGAACAGAUGGAUGUGAACAGAUGGAUGUAUUGAUGGAUGAAUGAAGAAAGGAAGGAAUGGAUGGCUGGAUAUUAUGAUAGAUGAAAUAAUGGCCUUAAUGCUAAGUGAACAGAUGGAAUAAUGAUUGGGCAAAUGAAUGAAUGUAAAGAAGAACAAAUGAAAAAAAAAGAACCUUUUUAUAUUUUAUGAAUGAGCAAUUUUUUAAAAAUUAUUAAAUUAUUUUUAAAAGAUGACAAAAUAAAAUCCUUUCAAAUUGAUAUCUUUCAGGAUCCCGAUAUGUUCUGGGACUUCAUCACCCUUCGACCGGAAUCCACUCACCAAGUCUCCUUCCUCUUCUCUGACCGUGGCACGCCGGACGGAUACCGUCACAUGAACGGCUACGGAAGCCACACCUUCAAACUCCGCAACAAACAAGGCGAGCACGUCUUCUGCAAGUUCCACUUCAAGUGCGAUCAAGGUAUCAAGAAUCUGAACCGCCAUCGUGCUGGAGAGCUCUCGGCAGGCGACCCCGACUACGCCAUCCGUGAUUUGUACAAUGCCAUUGCCACCAACAACUUUCCAUCCUGGUCCCUUCACAUCCAAGUCAUGACCCAAGAACAAGCAGACAAGCACCGAGAUAAUCCAUUCGACCUUACAAAGGUAUGGUCCCAGAAGGAGUACCCACUGCUCCCUGUCGGUAAGAUGGUGCUCAACCUCAACCCCAAGAACUACUUUGCCGAGGUGGAGCAGAUUGCGUUCUCACCAGCCCACAUGAUCCCUGGAGUCGAACCCUCCCCAGAUAAGAUGCUUCAGGGACGUCUGUUCUCCUAUUCAGACACACAUCGUCAUCGUCUGGGCACCAACUAUCUUCAGAUCCCAGUCAACUGCCCCUUCGCUGCCAGGACCCGUAGCUACCAGAGGGAUGGGCCACAGUGUGUCACAGAUAAUCAGGGAGGAGCACCAAACUACUUCCCCAACAGCUUCUCUGGACCCGUCGACAGCAAAGAUUACCAACAAUGUCCCUUUGAAGUCAGCGGGGUAGCCCAACGCUACGAGACAGGGGAUGACGACAACUACUCCCAGCCCGGUAACUUCUGGCGCGACGUCCUGACGGAAGCAGACCGCGAGGCUACCGUAGACAACAUGGCUUCACACAUCAAAGACGCUGCCGAAUACCUGCAGAAGAGAGCCGUUGAACAAUGGGGCAAGUGUGACCCGGAGUGGGGCAGGCGUCUGGAUGCCAAGAUUGCAGAAUACAAGACCCAGGCCACCGCCCAAGCUAACCUCUAAGGCCGAGACGUCCCGGACGAUUCUAACAGCGAAAGAUGAAAAAGAAUAUCAUUGCAUCUUCUAACCGAUGUGGCCUUCGUAAAUAGCAUAUUCAGUGCAUUUAGUGCAUCUAAUACAUGUUGCCAUCCGUGUAUCACUAUGUAUUUACGGUAAUCAAAUCAUCUACAAAAAUUAGAAUUUGUUAUUGUUGAUUUGGUGACGGAAAGAAAUAUAUUGUAUAUAAAGUCUAAAACUAUGAAUUUUAUCAGGAAAUUUUUGGGAGGAUGUAUAGCAAUAUUCAUUACAAAUACUUGAUGAUAGGUGAUGGUGGCUAUGACUAUGACACAGAUAGGUGUAUUUUGUCAGUUAAAGCUUAAUUUGUAUAUUGAUAUUUGUUCACUGAAAUCUAUGUUCUUAUUAAGAUAGUUAUGUUAAGGGCGAGUGUAGUCUGUAAUAUUUCAAUUUUUAAAAAGUCAAAUGACACAAGCCUAUUUAAAAGCUACGGAAUUGUUCUCAAACGUAAUUUGAGGUUAAAUUGGGACUAAAGAUUAUUUUAUUUCUAAUGUAGCAGUAUUCUUUAAGAGUAGAAACACAUUUGAGUAGAUAUUCUGUGAUAUCUUUUAAUAAAAGAAAUGUAACUUUGUUUUUUAUGGAAUGUAGCAAUUCGAUAUUCUAUUUCAGGCAAAUUUUGUAAUUUACCUCAAACACUAAAAUAUUAAAAGUACUUUCAUGUAAAAGAAGGAAACAUCAUUCCCUUGAUUGCAUGUAUGAGGGAAGAAUUUGAACAUGUGUCCCAUUUGUCGAGAGAGCAACAAAAGUAUCAUUCAAAGAUUCAUAUAAUCGCAAUAUACUCAUUCAUUUUCAAGCCCCCAAGUUUUGCGAGUCCUUUUUUUUAAGUGGACUGCCUGUAUACAUUAUACCACAGAAUUCCUUGACAUUCAAUUUGUUGUUACACAUGACUGAUUUUGAUGUUUUGACAAUGUUAUCAUGUGUGUUUGAUAUCAGUUGUAUUUUCUAAAAUCACAAAUAUUGAUGGUUUUCAAAAUCAUGUGUCCUUUUGUAUAUAUGCAAUCAAAUAUGAUUUGAUACAUGUUUAUGUAAAAAAAAAAUGCACUGAUCUUCCAUAACCAUCAUACUUAUAGUCAAAUAUUCCAUAAUUAUAUUUUUGGCCAUAUACAGUACAUGUAGUAUGUGGAAGUGGUUAUUAUUCCUUAUUGUUUGCCUGGUGAAAUUUUUUAUCAGUUUUCAUUGCUCAUUGUGCUAAAAAUUCAAAAUACAUUUUAUGUUGUUUUUUAAAUAACAUGAAGACACAUAAUGAUUUAUUUUCAUGCCUCACCAAUUUCAAGAUCAAGUGUUUGCAAUUCAGAUAAUGAAAUAACAUGGCUCAGUGAUUUUAAAUUAGAAGUUGGUUCCUCAACUCAAAUGGAAUGUUGUCUGUUUCUUUUACUGCUGGUGUAUUCCAAAUGCAUUUUUUCACUUUCAAAUACCUUCAUGUUCUGUUAUUGAAUGAUCAUAUCAUCAGUCUUUAUAAAAGAUCACUUGUGUAGAAAUUUGAUAUUACUGUAUAUGAUUCAUGUUAUUCUUGUAUGGUACAUAUAAAUUGUAAUGACAUUGUAUGUCUGAACAUGGUACACUUUUUGGUAUGGAGACACCAUUUACAGGAAAAUGGUACAUGAAAUUUCAUGUAAAGCGUUUGUGAAUAGAUGUAUCAACCCAAAUUUUGAUUGUCAAGAACAAAAUAAUCACUUCAUAGCUGAAAAUACCCUCCUGAAGAAGAUAUAUAUUCUAAAAUAUAUAAAAAUGUAUUAGCAUAAAGAAAUAAAGAUGGUUUAUUAUCUCUUGUGGGUGAGUUUUUUUUAAUCAAUCUUGCAAAUGAUCCUAAAAAACUUUUGUAAUACAACCCCCUUCGUUCCAUAAACUCAAUCUCUUUGAGAAAAUAAUUCAAUGUGUAUUCUCAAUUUAAUCAUGUUUGGUUAUCACAUUCAAUACAUGCACGGCAGAUGGUCACGUUAGCAUACCUCAUCAUUAUUGUGGGAUUGUUUGGAUAAGGAGCAGUAAACCACUACAUGAGAGCUAUACUUUGUUAUAUUCCAUGGAAACCUAACGGCAAACUUCGAAACAUCUGCCUUCAUAUAUUCAGUGGGCAUAUUGAUCAAUAUAAAAUGCGCACGUCAUUAGAAAAUUAUGUUGGUUUUGCUGCGCGAUGUCCGAUCAGGUGUGAAUGGGUCUCAAUGAGGAAUGUGUUUUCCAAGGAGUAGUUCCAUGUCCUUUCUGACUGUAUAAAAUUCUUCAUCCGAGACUAAUAAUUUCCAAUAAAAUAUGGAAUGCA